AGGAGGAGUAGGGGAGCUGGGCUGCUGCGGGCAGAGCCCCGCGGGAGAUGCGGCUGCGGCAGUGCCCGCUGCUGGCAUGGCUGUGCCUGGGAGCAGCCCUGCCCCUGCUCUGGUUGGCGGCGUGGCUGGGCAGCCAAGGCAAUGACUUACACACGUACCAAAGCCAGCUUCUGGAACUUCAGCAAAGGCUAGUGUAUGCUGAAAAGGAAAAUAAAAAGAGAUCACGCGAUCUGAGCAUUGCCCUAGAGGAAAUUAAACGUGCAGUUGCUAGAAGAAAGAACUUGACAACAAAUCGUACAGAUGAUAUGAAGUGGAAAGAGUUAAACCUUACCAGAAAAAUCCCCACACACCUUACAAACUUGUACUACUAUCUACCUCACCUUCGAGAAUAUGAAGAUGCCAUUUUCCCAAAUGUUAUUUUCGGGCAACAGAGAACUGGAGUCUCACUGGUGAUGGGUAUUCCUACUGUGAAAAGGGAAAAACAACAUUAUCUGAUGAAUACAUUGCAUUCUCUCCUGUAUGAAGUCUCUGAAGAGCAAAAGAAUGAUUGCCUAAUAAUCAUCUUUGUAGCAGAGGUGGAUGUAGAAUAUGUCAACAGUGUUGCACAAAGUGUUAAAACCAGCUUCCCCAGAGAAAUCCAGUCUGGAAUGCUAGAGGUUAUUUCUCCUCCUGCUUCUUAUUACCCAGAUCUUUCCAACCUGAAGAAAAGAUUUGGGGAUUCAGAGGACAGGGUAAGGUGGAGAACUAAACAGAAUUUGGAUUACAGCUUUUUAAUGCUAUAUGCCCAACCCAAGGGAACAUUUUAUUUACAGCUGGAAGAUGAUAUUAUAGCCAAAUCUGAUUAUAUUCAAAGUAUAAAAAACUUUGCUGCUGAACAGACCCAAGAGUGGAUGAUUCUUGAGUUCUCUGAGCUUGGAUUUAUUGGAAAAUUGUUUAAAUCGGAAGACCUGCCACUGAUAGUGGAAUUUUUUCUCAUGUUCUAUAAAGACAAGCCCAUAGACUGGCUCAUAGAUCACCUGAUCUGGGUUAAAGUGUGCAAUCCAGAAAAGGAUGCAAUACACUGUGAAAAGGAAAAGGCAAAAUUACGUGUCCGUGCUAAACCAUCUCUCUUUCAGCAUGUGGGAGUUUAUUCAUCAUUGGCUGGGAAGAUACAGAAUUUGAAAGAUAAAGAUUUUGGCAAAAACGUGCUACAUAAAGCACAUAAUAAUCCACCUGCAAAAGUUUAUACAAGCCUAAGUAUAUACCAGCAACAUAGCUUGGAAAAGCUUUAUGAAGGAAAAGACUUUUUUUGGGCCUCAGCUCCAGUGGCAGGGGACUACAUCAGCUUCACCUUUUUAAAUCCAGUAAAAGUUGAAAAGUACUUCUUCAGAAGUGGAAACGUGGAACACCCUAGUGAUAAACUGUUUGACACUACUGUGGAAGUGUUGCCAGCUGAUGAAAUGCUAAGAAAAGAACUGCUUGACAGUGGAAGUAAAUUUAAUUACCCAGCAACCAAAGAUGGAUAUUUAAAAAUAGGGGCUUUUGAAAAUGGAAUUGCAGAAGGCAAUGUCAAUCAAUCCAUAGGAAAAAUACAGGCUAUUCGUUUAUCAGUCAAUUCUGAUUCUUCUGCAUGGGCAAUACUUAGUGAGGUACUUAUCAAGACAUCUGAAAGCUGAAAAAAACCCCAUUUUUGAUGUGUCGCUAGUUACUUAUUGUUUGAAAAUGAGGCCUUGCAGCAACAGAAAACUGGCUGGGUACAAAGAACAAAUUCAAACCCAUUUAAUUCUUAAUACUGUGUAUUAGGAAAGAAAUGUUAAAUCUUUAUAUAAAGAAUACUAAAAGCUAUAAAGAACUUGAUUAUGUUAGUGUAGUGAUUUAACCCCAGCUUGCAACUGAGUGCCACACAGCUUCUCCCUCACCUCCCCUGUGAUGGGAUGGGGAAGACAAUGGGGAAAUAAAAGUAGAACUCCUGGGUUGAAAUAAAGACAGUUUAAUAGGACAGCAAAAGGGAGAGAGAAUAAUAAUAACAACCGAAUGUACAAACCAAGUGAUGCACAAUACAAUUGCUCAUCACCCAAUGACUAAUGCUGAGCCUGUUCCUGAGCAGCAAUCGCUGACCCCAGCCAACUACCCAGUUUAUAUACUGAGCAUGACGUAUGGAACGGAAUAUCCCUUCAGUCAGUUUGGGUCAGCUGUCCUGGCUAUGCUCCCUUCCAGCUCCUUGGGCACCUCCCUGCUGGCAGAGCUUGGGAAGCUGAAAAGUCCUUGACUAAGUAUAAAAACUACUUAGUAACCACUAAAACAUCGGUGUGUUAUCGACAUUAUUCUCAUACUAGAUCCAAGCCACAGGACUAUCCCAGCUACUAAGAGAGAAAAAUAAUUCUGUCUCAGCUGAAACCAGGACAGUAAGUAAUGUCUAUAAAAUGUUCUUCAAUAAGAUACCAUAGAUAAAAAUCUCACCUUAGCUUGGCAACGUUCAAUAUAUUAUUAUAAAUAAUUGAUAAGGCAUUACAGACUUUCUCAGGGACUAAAGCAUAGAAGUAUGAUAAGUUUCACCAGAACUAAAAAUAUGAACUUCUUUAAAAAAUAUUGAGGAGACAGGUGUCAACUUCACUAAGAACACUGGUCAGUUUUGGAGGGAAAGUAGAACUGAAGGAAAAGUUGUCAAUAUUCAUUGAAGUAUUUAGAGCAGUCCACAGAGAUAGAGGACAACUUAACAAUAUGAAACCUGAUGUCAAACUUCAGAAGAAGUGUGUUUCAGCCUUAAUGUAGCAUAAAUUAUGUUUAAUAUUUUUUUAAAUGAGAAGUGCCUACAAGUUACCAUUUGAAUAACUUGAAAUUUAAACAGGUAUUGUUUGGAGGAUUGUAAAACUUUUCAGUGAAUUGUGCAUCAAAUUAACUACGGGAAGUAAUAAGGCGAUUGCGCGUAACUAUAUUUUUGUAGAAAGAAAAUAUAUUUAAAUAAAAUUUUGGAUCCUAUAGCUUGAUAAUCAAUAUGUAUUGAUACUUAAAUCCUGGUUCCAAGGAAAACUCAAUAUAAAUUUGAAAAUAAAGGUAAACCACAGUAGUCUCAUUUGAAAUGUUUUCAGGAAAUUACAAUGUCAUGGUUCAGCCCUAGCCCAGCCAAUUUAGGCAUCUAAAACUGAGCAGUUGGGCUCCCAAAUCCCUUCCCUCCACCCCCAGGGAAAGGGAAAUGAGAGAAAAAAUACUUGCGAGUUGGAAGGUAAAAUUAAAACAGUUGUAAUGAAAUAACAACAAUAAUAAUGGAAAUACUGUUUAUAAGAAAAUAGUAGAAUAUAUACAAAUAUAUGAAGUUGUGUCCCCCCAUCUGUGGUGACUCUGCGUCACCACAGAUGCUGCAGAGUAGGCACAGGGAAGGGGUCAAUGGCAGGAGGGAGCUGCGCGCAGAAAUUGGAUUCACACGGAUCUGAGAUCAGGGGCAAACAGAUGAGGUCCUCACUGGACGUUGGCCCUCAAAGAAGAGGAACAAUACCUUCGUGAUCCCUCAGUUUUAUGUCAAGUAUGACCUGUAUGGGAUAGUUGGGAUAUGGGAUGACUGUUGGUCAGUUUGGGGUCUCCUGUCCUGUCCGCUCCUCCCUACAGGUGCAGCCCUUUUCACCUCUUUGACUUAGGGUGUCUCGAAGAUGAUCUUGGUUAUUAUAAGAGUAAGUUUAAGCAAUGACCUUUCUGCAAACCAGUGCCCUGUGUUAUCACUGCUAGAGAAGAACACUGUCUGAAAAACAUGCAGACUUUCAGAGAAUUAAGUUACAUGAUUUAACUGAUGUUAGAAAAUGGAUACUGCUUUAGCUCAAACCAGAACACACAUCUACCUGUUAACGUGGAGAAUUCCUGCAUCACUUCCUUAGCACUUGAAGCUGUACCCUCAUUCUCCCGUACAUGCGUUCCAUCCUAACAGCAGGCAGUGAGAAACAGGCGGUACUGUACACUUUUGCAUGGAUUUGUAUUAAAUGGGUUAAGUUAAUGUAGAAUUUUAUUCUUAAUGCAAGAGUAUUUUUAUUUAGGAUAAGAUGAAAUUAAUUUCCUUAUGUGAAAACAGUUCAGAAGGGUGUAUCUUAUAGGCCACCUCUAAUAAUAUUUUGAUAAUUUACAGUAUUGUUUAUAUACUGUGCUAUAUAUACGUGUGUGUAGAUAUAGAUGGGUACAAAUGUAUGCAUGUGUUUCUUGGACCAAAUAUUGCAGCCUUUAUUAGGUUAAGAGUUUAAUGCAGGUUAAGAAUUAAUGCAGUAAUCCAGAGUGCUUAGAGUUGUGCAGAGGGACACCUUUAUCCAUCAGCACCUAGAGUGAAAAAACAGGUUGAGUGAAACUGAGACCAGUGGAUCGUUAAAAAGCAGUGGUUAAAACUGCAACUGGGGGAAGAAGGGCAAUAAAGUGGCUCUGCUUUGAACUGCCUGGCAUGAGAAGGGCAGAGCUGCCUCCCUCUGACCCUACUCAGAAUCGCCUUUCUGAUCAUCCUUUUCUCUGCUGAUAGAGCAGUCUGAGACGUUUAGUCACGAAAACUUAUACAAUAAAGCAAUAAAACACAAUUUAGAUUACAUUAGUGGAAGAGAAAAUUGAACUCUGAGUCAUUCUCAUUUAACCUGAAGUGCUUUAUCGUCUCUGGGGAAAACCAAAUUGAAGAGAACAUGGCCCUGUACCCAAAAAAGGCAAAGGAACAGAUAACCUGCAGAACACUUGGGAGUUUUUCCUGCAGAACAACUUGUAUGGGUAUGACAAUGAUUGAAGUGUAGGUCUUCUCCUGAUGCCUUAGUUCUUAGCUUAUCAUAGCUUUUACUACUGUAAUUGAAAUUGCAUCAUGUCAUGGGGAUUAUCUUCAUCUUCAGGAUCUUGUAAAACGCCUCACACUUUUAAGUUCUUGUACUGUAACUCUAUAGUCUGAAUUGCCCUCUUAUGAGGCUGGUUUCACCUACCAUCCAAAGAUGAAAGAAGUAGAAAUCAGUGUAGAAAGAGCAACUCUUGUAGAACAUUUUACUAAUUAAGUGCAUGACCUUGUGAAAACUUAAAAUCUUCUUCUGCCGUUGCUUUCACUGCAACAGAGUCACAAGCCGGGAGCAGUGUCUGCAUUCAGGCUGCCUUAGACUUACUUGGUGGAGGGAAGUAUUCCUUGUAAGGAGGAAAUUUCAGAGCUGUUGUUAAUCAGUAAAAACAUGAAAAAUAUUAAGGUAAUAGAUCUUGUAAUCAAAAUCUCUUGUUUUCACUGUGAAAUGAGAUUUUACUCUCAACUGUUGAUGUGUAAUUCCAAAAAGCUCAUCAGAAAACUUGAAAUUAUGUUAGAGAGUGACUGGGCUUUUUGUAAAUAUUUUCUAAAUAUAUUUUUUUUCAUUCAGGGCUGCCAGCUUUGUGCUUCACUCAUUCUGUCUCUAUUUUUACGUACUUCACACAACCAUCACAAUCAUGGAAUACACUUCCCAUUGCUUUGAUGUAAAUGAGGUUUUAAAUGUUGGCACAGCAAAUAAUUAAUGCUUGCAUAUGCACCAUUAAAGUAAAAUUUAGCUUAGUCCUGAUUCUUCCCUCUGCUUUGUGGAGUGUACAGGUUUCUUGCAUGAUCUGCAGAACCCCACUCCACUAUAAAACCGAAGGAACCUCAUAAGAGGAACUCUGGAUUUUCCUUAUGGAAGUGAAAGCUGACUACUGAGCAUUACAGCCCCAGGAAGUUUAAGUUAGUGGAGUGUAAUGGACGUACGCUUACAUAUUUUUGUGUGUUAAUAGCAACAACUACCACCGGUGAGUGAAUUAGCUGGGUUUAUUCAUAACGGCUAGGCAGGGAGCAGUUAUAGAACACAUGCAGCUUCCUUUUCACCCUACAAGCAAGUUCCUACCUGUGAUUUGCCAUUUAAUAAUCCCGUGCACUGAAACUGCACACGCCUUCACGUAACAUGGCUCUGAGGCAAGCUGAAAAGGUGCAAAAAGGUCUCCUCGUGGGAAGCUUCAGAUCAGGUAAUGGAUCCAGGGGGUAAGGAACAUCCUCUAACUUUACAGGUGACCGGUUUUUGCAGUGUAAACAUUGUGAUUGUAACUUAGAAAAACAAAGGCAGUAAGCCUAAGUCAAAAAACAACUGUGAAAGUAGUUUCAGAUUCCAUACCAGUUCACUAAGCUCCUUCAGUAGGAAAUUUUACUUUCAGUACUUUCACGUGGUUUAAAACACAAUCUCGAAAACAUUGAUUACCUCACUCUCAUUGUACAUCUACCUAAUCAGGUUAAAUGCUUGUGUGGGAAGAAAGCACAGUUUUCAAGCUAAUUCAGUAUUAAUGAUAGUUUAUUCAACCCAUUUUGAUUUUCAGUGGAGUGCAGGUAGUAAUUUCUCUGAAUGGGGUGUCUCCAGUAUUGUCUUAAGUCUUUUGAGGGACUUUUGAGAGGGGAGUGCUGGUGAAGGGUCUGGAGCACAAGUCUUAGGAGCAGCUGAGGGAAUGGGAAUUUUUUUAGCCUGGAGGAGGCUGAGGGAGACCUUAUCACUGCCUACAAAUGCCUGAGAGGAGGUUGUAGUGAGGUGAGUGUUGGUCUCUUCUCUCGUGUGACAAGUAACAAGAGGAGACAGAAUGGCCUCAAGUUGCACCAGAGAAGGUUUAGAUUAGAUAUUACAAAAAAUUUCUUCGCUGAAGCAGUUGUCAAGGACUAGAACAGGCUGCUCAGGGAAGUGGUUUAGUUAACUACAUGUAGAUGUGGUGCUUAGGGACAUGGUUUAGUGGUAAAGUAGGCAGUGUUAGGUUUACAUUUGGACUUGAUCUUAAAGGUCUUUUCCAACCUAAACAAUUCUAUGAUUCUAUAACAUUUGUCUUCAAUAAAAAAGGCAAUUAUGAACUUGGCUUUACUAAUUGUUUAAACCAUUUUUAUUUCCAUUAAUUAUGUGGGACCCUGAUCUCAUCAGCAUCACUGUGACUUUUUGCACAGCUUAAUACAAGGCAUAUCUACUGUAAAUGCUAAUGGAUGCUACACUGAGAAGAGACUAGACUCUUAACAGGAAUAUCUAUUAAAAUUAAUUUGGAAAAAUUUAAUCUAAAGUUGAAGGUG